AUGUCGAUUAUUCGUAUACUGAAGGACAACCCCGAUAAGACAAGGGCUGAGCUUACAGGUAUCUGUUUUGCAAAUCAAAGCACUGAUGAGAUGCCCAUGCCCGCGGACCAGAACAGAGCCUUGGAUCUCGCUUUGAGAGUCAUGACAAUGAUAACAUGUUCCCUUGAAGCGAGAUCCGCAGACACACUUGAGGCAGGUCUCCAGCUUGCUACAUGGUCAUACAAUAUGACAUGGCCUGAGUUCAUCUUGAGCGUAUUCCCAACUACUGAGCACUCUGGAUUGGAAGAGGGCGCUGCCACGUUCCGUCAAAUAAAUGAUAGAGUCACUGCGCGAAGACUCUCUAAAGUGGCUAGGCUUUCUUUCAUACCCACCAAUGAGUUAUCGAAUCAUCUCAAGUUGAAUCAAGCAGAUGGAACAGUCGAACUCUUUCACCAUACAUCAUUUUUGAAAGAGACUCUUAUUGCAAGCCAGCAGGACGCCAAGUUAGUAUUUCAAUCUACUUACCCCAACACUGCUAACACCGUCUUGGAAAGGAGCUACAUGUCUCGUAAACUCGCCAUAGAAACUCUAAACUCUAUUCAGAAGACUCUGUUCCCUUCGACGACAGAUGGCACUAUCUUGCUUCGCUCACUCAUCUCGAAACACAACCUAGAUACGGAUUGUCUCAGAUAUGAACCCUCGACAUAUCAAGUCCCCGGGGAGACAUCUUCAGGAUAUCACUACCUUGAACAUAGACUUGUCGAACUAUAUGAGGAGCUUGAUAAUCCGACACCACGAGGAUACCUGGAGAAGUGGCUGGAAAGGAAAAGCGGUGCCAGGUAUGUCAUGAUGGCGACACUGGCGGGCGUAGCUAUUGCCAUAAUAUUGGGUGCACUGGCUUUGGCUGUAUCUAUCUUUCAGACUUGGAUUGGAUGGCAACAGUGGAAGCAUCCUGUUACGGGGUAG